UCGAGAUAUUUCAUCCAACAACUAUGGAAAACGACCAAGAAAAAACGGUAAAUAUAUCCUUGAUAAGAGAUUAUGGAGGCUUAGUUAAAACUAAAAAGUUUCCAUUUAAAUAUAAAUUGAAUGAAGAAACGAGUGAUAUAAUUACAAGAUUAAAUUCUGUAUUUGAAUCUUUUCCAGCUUCUUUUUUGGCUGAUCCUACAGAUCAUAUGAAAGAAAUACCAAAAGAGACUAAACCAAUCUAUAGACCAAUUAUCAUCGAUGGACAGUUAAGACAAACCAGAAUCUUUACAGGCUUGAUUGAAAAAAGUGGAUUGUUUGGGUUGAAUAGAAUUAAAUUUUUACCUAUCUUUGAUGAUCCAUCUUUUCUAAGAUGUUUAGGUUUUGAUCACCUUACUUAUGGAAAAGACAUACUCAAAUUUCAAGAAACUGUUAGAGCUACGUAUGAAAGACAAAACCCAACAAACACAAACCUACUGUUUGUGUAUUCUGAUAUUGUUCGCGAACAUCAUGUAGGUGAUUCAAUGUCGAACUGUUUAAGAGCCAUUCCUUUAAGAGGAGGACAAGAUGGAAUGAUUUCUACACAUACUUUUUCUAUGCCGUAUUAUUUUCCUGUUAGAUUUGGUGACAUCACAAACAUUUCAAUACUUUUAACAGACGAAACUGGUUUACCAAUCAAAUUCAGUAAUGGACGAACAUUUGUGACUCUUCAUUUUAGAAGACGAUUAUAUAAAGCGACAUUUAACUAAUUUUCAUAAAAAAAAAUGAAUCGUAAGAAAUAUUGUCCAGGUGAUUGUAAUUUCAAAAAUUAUUAUACAUCACAGGUUGGUGGUGGCAUAUCUGAUAUCAAUGUCUUUAGAGGUCUUCCAUAUCAAAGAGGAUAUGGAAUUGGAUCACUGUUUGCUAGAUUUGGUAUUCCAGUUUUGAAAUUUCUGGGUAAACACUUACUUAGUACAGGUGUAGCUGUGGGGUCAGACAUUCUAGCUAAAAGAAAUGCUAAAGAGUCGUUCAAAGAAAGAGCAAAAGAAGGUGCUAAAAUUGCGGCUAAAGAAGCUCUGAAUAAAAUUUCUGAAAAAAUUGAUCAGACAGGAAAAGGUCUAUAUAAAGGGACGAGAAAGAAAACCAGAACAAGGAAAGAUAUUUUUUCAUAAUGGACUAUCUUCACCAUUUAUCAGUACCAGCUACAAAAAGUGAAUUGGAAUUGUUUCAUGUUCCACCCACACAAACAGCUAUUGAAUCUUAUUAUGAAGUUGAAUAUAGACCUUCAGCUACAUUAGAUAACGCAAAAAAUAUAGAUAUAUCGAUUCCAGCUAGUGAUGACUUUACAGAUCUAUCUGAAACAAUGAUUUAUGUUAAACUUAGUUUGAAAACAACAACUGAUACAGAUGUAGAUAUAACAAAAGUGAAUAUUUGUGAUGGGUUUGCUGCAGCACUUUUUGAACAAAUUGAUUUCUACCUUGGUUCUGUAAACAUUGGACAAUCAAACAACCUUUACCCUUAUCAAGCAUAUAUUGAAGAUUUGCUUUUUGGUGUUCCAUCAAAGAUUGAUGUAAGUUCAGGUUGGGAUUUAACUGAAAAUAGAAAGGAUCGAAUCAAGAAACCUUUUGAUCUGUAUUUUAGAUUACAUAUUCCAAUGUGUUCUCAGGAUAAUUUACUACUUAAUGGUGUUCCCAUGUUAGUAAAGUUAAAUAGAGCAAAUAUUGAUUUUGGUUUGCUCAAGACCCCUCCAACUGGGACUGAUCCAAUCGUUAACUAUAAACUAACUAUUCAAGAUCUUUCAAUUACUGUUCGUCGUGUUAAAUUAUUUUCAAAUGUAAACCUUGGUAUUCAAGAAGCACUUGAAAAAGGAUCAUCUAAAUACUUCAUCACUAGAAAUGAUAUGAAAAGCUUCAUUAUUCCAAAAUCUAAUACUUCAAUUAGUUUUGAAAGUAUUUUCAAUGGUAUUCUUCCUCGUAGAAUGAUAAUUGGUUUUGUGGGUGAUGAUUUUGUCAAUGGUAAAAGUGUUCAAGGUCCAUUUCACUUUGGAAAUCAAGAUAUCAAGUCAAUUUCAUGUGCUGUCAAUGGAAAUUUAAUUCCAACGAAUAGCUAUAACCCCGAUUUUGAAAAUAAUUUGUAUAUGAAAGAAUAUGUUGGUCUUUAUCGUUAUCUUAAUCAACAUGAAGGAGUACCAAUGUGUGCUGUCUCAUUCAAAGAUUAUAAAGAAAAAUAUUGUCUAUUCGCAUUUGACUUAUCACCAGACGUUACUAUCGGUGGUGAAACUGGUACAUUGAGUCUUUUAAAACGAGGUAAUAUAAAGAUUGAGGUUAAAUUUAAAUCAGCUACAACUUAUCCAAUCCACAUGAUUGUUUUCGCUCAGUUUGAUAACCUUGUUGAAAUUGAUAAAUAUCGUAACGUAUCGAUCGAUUGGUAA